UCGCAAGCCAAGGAGUGGAGAUUAUCGCCGUCUGAAAAUAUAUACUCCUUGAUGAGAGUUGCUCCUCACAGACAGUUCAUCGAUCCCAAUUUUCUCCACUCGGAAGUGCUUUACUCCUCCCCGCACUUCGCAACGAUGCGCCAUCUCCGCUACAACGUCGCCACUACGCUGGAUGGCUUCAUCGCCUCCUCCUCCGGCUCUACGAGAUGGAUCAUCGAAGACCCAUCUAUCGACUUCGAAAAGCUAUAUGCAGAGUUCGAUAAGUUCGUCAUGGGUCGCAAGACAUACGAAACAAUGCUUGCGUACGGAGACCAAAAUCCGCUUAAGAGCAGAACGAAGGAGGAAGUCGUUGUUGUGAGUCGGACGAUGAAGGAGGAGGACCACCCAGAACUUACUGUAGUGAGGGACGAUGUUGUAGGUUUCGUGAGAGGGUUGAAGAAAGACGACGGAAAGGAUAUAUGGCUGUUCGGAGGCGGGGAGUUGGCGAGGGCUUUGUUGGAUGCAGGUCUGGUGGAUAUCGUUGAGGUGGCUGUAAUGCCAGUGUUGAUUGGAAGUGGCGUGAAGAUGGUUGCGAGCGGGGAUGGAGAAAGCCGAGCGUGGGGACUGAAAGUUGCAAAGGUUGAGAGAUUGGCGAGUGGGAUCUUGAUGUGUAAGUAUGACGUUGGUAUAGUUGAUCGAUAAUUGGAUAAGGCAUGAUGGUAGUGACCUUUGGCAAAGGCCAUAGGUUGAAUGUUUUCAGGCUCCGCCCUCUUCCUGCGCUUGCAGCUCAGCAGUAUCUUCAGCCUUCUUUUCCUCCAGACUUAGAUCCCCCUGCACCAAACUCGCCAAGAAAGCGAUAGUAGCGAACACGGCGAACGUAACCCAUGUUGAAGUAGGCAAU